GAUUGCAAGUUAGACUGCCCCUCCUCCAUCAUACAAUUUCAAAGGGUUGAAGAUGGCCAAAAAUCCUUAUACGAGCGCACCGCCGCUUUCCUCCUCCUCCAAUGGCUCGAUAAAGGAGCCAUUCUUCGGCUUCAUCCCUCGCAAAGUCGCAGCUAAGGAUGCUCGGAGGGUCAUGGAUGGAGAUGUCAAUCCCUUCACAAAGCAGCCUUUCAGUCCUCAGUACAAGAAGAUCUUGGAAGUGCGAAAGAAGUUGCCAGUGUACACACGGAUGGACGAGUUCUACACGAUGAGUCUGCUUCAGGGAUGCGACGACGCCUUUUCCCUCCGAGGAUUGAGGACACAGUAGACUGACAGCAUGGAAAAGUUCAACGAACACCAGAUUAUCGUAAUGGUCGGAGAGACAGGUUCAGGAAAAACGACACAAAUACCCCAGUUUGUCUGCUACUCUGAUCUACCGCAUACCAGGGGGAAGUUGGUAGCGUGUACACAGCCUCGUCGAGUGGCAGCCAUGUCCGUAGCGAAACGUGUUGCCGACGAAAUGGAUGUACCCCUCGGGAGGCAGGUUGGUUAUUCAAUCCGUUUCGAGGAUAUGACCGAACCGGGAACCACUUUCCUCAAAUACAUGACCGACGGUAUGCUUCUGCGAGAAGCUAUGAAUGACCCCGAUCUUUCUCGUUACUCCACUAUCAUCCUCGAUGAAGCACACGAGCGCACCCUUGCCACUGAUAUUCUCAUGGGUCUCGUCAAAGCUCUCGCCAGACGCCGACUUGACCUCAAGAUCAUCGUCAUGUCCGCAACACUGGAUGCUCUGAAGUUCCAGAAGUAUUUUGGAUUGAAGAAGGAUGUACCGGCACCUUUGUUUAAAGUUCCUGGCAGAACACAUCCUGUCGAGGUGUUCUAUACUCAGGAGCCAGAGCCCGAUUACGUCGAGGCGGCGAUUCGGACCGUGCUCAUGAUUCACCGAGCGGAGGAACCUGGUGACAUACUGCUGUUCUUGACUGGUGAGGAGGAGAUCGAAGAUGCGUGUAGGAAGAUCAAGCUGGAGGCCGAUGAUCUUCUGAACCAGGACCCGGAUUCUGUUGGUCCCCUAGUUUGCAUCCCCCUCUAUUCAUCACUCCCUCCACAACAACAGCAACGGAUUUUCGAUCCUGCGCCAGCUCCUCGUACGCCUGAGGGAACACCUGGCCGCAAAGUCGUAGUCUCUACCAACAUUGCCGAAACCUCACUCACGAUCGACGGUAUCGUUUAUGUCGUCGAUCCUGGAUUCUCAAAACAAAAGGUGUACAACCCAAGGAUACGUGUCGAGUCUUUGCUUGUGUCACCAAUUUCGAAAGCAUCUGCGCAACAGCGUGCAGGCCGUGCCGGUCGUACACGUCCUGGGAAGUGCUUCAGACUGUAUACGGAGAAGGACUUCAUGACCGAGUUAGAGGAGCAGACACAUCCCGAGAUUCUGAGGAGUAACUUGGCCAAUACUGUGCUGGAGUUGGUCAAGUUGGGUAUCAAGGAUUUGGUACGAUUCGACUAUGUCGAUGCGCCUGCGCCGGAGACUUUGAUGCGAGCGUUGGAGCUAUUAAAUUACCUGGCCGCGUUAGAUGAUGACGGAAACUUGACUCCUCUUGGUGCCAUUAUGGCAGAGUUCCCAUUGGACCCACAGAUGGCGAAAAUGCUUAUCGUCAGCCCGGAGUUCAAAUGUAGCAACGAAAUCCUUACGAUCGUGGCUAUGUUGUCUGUUCCGAAUGUGUGGUUGCGUCCUGCAAACAUGAGGAAGGAAGCAGAUGCUGCGAAACAAAUGCUUACCGUGCCCGAUGGCGAUCACUUAACAUUGCUCAACGUCUAUAAUCACUAUGCACAAAAUAUGCACGACAGGAAUUGGGCAUGGAACAACUUCCUAUCACAACGAGCACUCGCUCAAGCAGACAAUGUCCGCUCUCAGCUUCAACGCACCAUGGAGCGAUUCGACAUCGAUCUCGUUUCAACGCAGGAUGAGAGGAAGCUCUAUACAUACAUCCGCCAGGCGCUUGUCUGUGGAUACUUCAUGCAGGUUGCGCAUAAGGAGGGCGAGAAGAAUGCGUACCUGACAGUGAAGGACAAUCAGGUCGUCGCAUUGCAUCCUUCAUGUGGAUUGGACUCGACACCUGACUGGGUGAUCUUCAACGAAUUUGUACUGACGACAAGACCGUACAUCCGGACAGUGACUGCUGUCAAACCUGAAUGGCUUCUCGAAUACGCGGCGAACUACUUCGACCUUAGUACACUCCCGAAUGGCGAGACGAAACGCGCAUUGCAAACGGUUGCGAAGAAACGUGCUGGUGGUUCAAGGUCGCAGUCAAAUGAGGUCGAUGAGAGGAAGGCAAAGAAACGAAAGACCAAGGCAUAGAUAGUGUGCUUUAUUCUGCUUGUAGAAGAUCUGUCCGAUGUAGUGUUACUUGUAGAUAAGGUUGUAAUGCGUAUGGGUUCGCGUUCUCAUGGACCGGUACAUAUCAACAGUGCAUUUCGUAAUGCCGAGUCGCCGUCGGCAUACCG